CAAAAACCUUGAAUCAAUAACUUUGAAAAAAAUUUCAAACUCAAUAAUAUUAAUCGAAUCAAAAGGACCUUGCUUCAUCUUUGGAAUGCAAAAUUGUAAAAUAUUUGUCAAAUGUCAUCAAUUAAGAAUCCAUGAUUCAAACAAUAGUGAAAUUUUCCCAACUAUUGAUUCCCAAAAUGCUAUAAUUGAAGGUUGUUCAAACUUGAUUUUCAAAAAUGAAGAUAUUCAAGUUAAUGAUUUUGAUUCACCAGGUUCUGUUAGUUCGAAUUAUACAAAAUCUGGAAUAGAACAAAAAGAUCAAGAUUUAUAUAAACAACUACAAAGUGCUGAUAAGCUUCAAGAUCUUUUAGCUAAUAUCACUGCAUUUCUUCAUUAAAUAGCUAAAUACACACAUAAAAAAAUACACUUUUUUCAGCAACUUUUUCCAUCUUCAUAAUAAUCAUUAAUAUCUUGGUUAAUAAAAAACUAAUAACCUUCUCUAUAUCUAGAUGGUCCUCCUCUAUAUCCUCCUUGGGGUGGAUAUCUUGGUGGAGGAUUAUUAUUAGGAACGUAGUAACUUGUGCCAUUAGCACCACCACCUCCACC